CUUCUUUUUGUUAUUCACACAUUGGUAGCAAUCUGCAGCAAAAAUGCAACAAACCCGCUUAACAGCAAUGCAUUUGGUACGCUUGUCUCGUCAUGGUACCUGGUUGAAGCGACGCUGGAAUACAAAUUAGGCGAUUCUAAUUCUAAUACGGCAUGCUAAAUGGUGCAGCGUGAUCACACAGUUACUGCAUCCUCUGCGCUGCAUCACCAGCAGCAAAGAUAUGGCCUUACACAAAAGUGUAUCCAUCAGCAAACCAAACAAAACUACAAGUUCGCUCCAACUCUCAAUACUUCUAGCUGAGCAGUAGAAGUACAACUUGGCUGCAAACUGCUGUUUUUUUUUUUUUCAUUCAUAAAUAUUUAAGACCUCCAAACGACUCGAACGCCAACCGCCGCUACAUGUGCCAUGUGCAAAACGAAUGCAAAUUGGAAUCGACUGUAAAUAUUUAACCUGCUGAUGCGGCACCCCCGAACAGUGUGCCUUUUUAACAAUAGCAAUAGUUUGUGCUACAAAAGCACCCAUUCGCACUGCAGGCUGCCAGCUGCCAAAAUUCCUAACCUAUCGCCCAGCGUUCACUCUACGCACCACUAACCAGCGCAAAACCGACCAGAAGCGAAAGAGUGAAAGACGGUUGAAGCUGUGACCGUGUGUCGCUGCUCUCGUAACCGUAUGGCUCUUAAUUAAUUUACGGCCCCCGAAUAAAUCUUCCCCCUUUCCUUUUGUGCGAGAUCAUCUCUCCGACUACAAAGACACAGUGUCACACACACACACGCUCAGGGAGACUCGCCCCGAAACGGUCGCGAAACUGCAACGGCCUUAUCUCGCUGAUCGCGCGGCCCGGUCGGUUUGGUGCGGUCGCUGCAGUUCACAUGUUGCAGCAUUCGGGGAGUGGGAAAGAUGGUUUCGUGGCCACCAUUGCCCAUCAUCGCACACACACAUGGUAGACCGAUGGUACAUACGGCUUAUUGUUACACAAAUUCACCGUGCAGUCAGACAGAUCGAAUGACUUGGAGUGGGCAAAGAAAGUGGGAAACCGAGCGCAAUGAUCAGCGAUGCAACUGAGGCCAAACGUGUGUGGGUGUGUGUGUGGUGCCGUGAAUGGUCGUGCGUGAAUGUUUGCGUCCAAAGUAGCAAACGAUGUACCCGCACACGAACCAGCACCAGCGUGACAGGGCUCUCAGUUAUCCGCUAGUGACGGUCGUUUCGGUUUCGAUUGCUCCCUGGGAUUAGAGUCGCUGACAGGUCGGUGCUAAGACGCGCUGAUAAAGCUACCACGGCUGCUAAAGUGAGCGAAAUUGUGCCUGUGUGUGUCUGAAGUGUAUCUGCACUCCAACGGAACCCUGCCUUCCCGUCUCCAGUGCGUCCGCAUGUGUCCGCGUGAAUUAAAACCACCGCUCGACACGUGUUUCCGCCAUCGGAAGGCUCACUUUUCUCGCUGCGAAGAAAAGCGAUUCCAACACCCUGCAGCAACACCAGGCUGGGAGAUUUCUUAAUUGAAAUCUUUGCCCCGGCGGUAAGCGCAUCAUUCUUCGCAUCGCUCGUGUGCCGAGCAGGGUUGGCAGAGGUGUUGAGCAUUCCGGCAUUACGAUCCGGCACGCCAUCGAACGUGUGGUGCCCAUGCGGAGGGAGCCCCACAGCGCGAUAACGAUCGUGGGCCGCCCAGCGCCCCGGCCGAAGUUAAAUUCUACCUCAAAUCGUGCUGAAAGCUGCCGCCCUGAUAAUUGCUGCAAAAGUGCGAAAGAACCAAACAAAGGUGGAGUGGGAGAUAGUGGGAGAUUUCUCAACACGACAACGUCCAUUUCAUCGACCGGGCGCAUCGCACGGGCUUCCAGUUAUAAAGCGAUUGCGAUGCGUGUGUGAGACAAACCAAGCUCAAACCGUAAACUUUUACACAACGUCCACGGCAGCCUGCUACGCAGCAAGAGCCACUGGUAGUGAUCUCUCGCAUCAAGAUCUCUCUCACUGAUAGACGAUUCUUCCACCCGCUCGAGAAGCACUCCACUUGCCUGCUGCCGAGCUGAUGCUAAAGCAAAUCGCCCCCAAGAAGUGUCCACAAACCGCUAACGCACUUCCUGAGGCACCUGUGCGUCCGAUACGUGCCGAAUAAGCCCACCGGCUCCCAGCUUCGAAGCUGCUCCCCGGCUCAUCGAUACACACCACUACACGCGUGACCAUCAGCAUCUUCUUACUCUCUAUCAUCCCUCCCUUCCGUCGGCCGGGCCCAUGAUACACCGUGCACAACCGUUGAGCAAACUAACGCAAUCGUCAGAGCGCAUCCCAAUACCCCCCAUUGUGUAAAAGCUUCCCCCCAAAAACCAACCCCUCACUCGGUAUCAAAGUUCUCCCCGGCAACGCAACGCGAGAGAGUGUGUGUGUGAGAGAGAGAGAGAAAGAAUUGGCUUAGCUUCCGACAACACUUAGCCCCAUCAGCUGUGGGAAGCCAGCUUUGGGAGAGGAGCACGAACAGCACCGGGAGAGGGGGGAAAGUAUAGGAACCGCCAGCAAACCCCCAAACCGUGAGAGUACCGCAGUAUAUCCAGAGCGGUGGCGGCGCGGUCGGACGUCACGGAGCGGGAAAAGGGUUCGGAGAGCCGGCCGGGUGCGCGCGAUAGUUUAAUGCGUCGCCGCGAACAGCGAACGGCGCAGCAACCGGCAGUGUUGGGUCGAGUUUCGCCCGAAACACGUCGCGAGAGCCAGCCAGACAGCGAACCCGAUCUACUGCGAGCCCCGGGCGAACGGGUGACGUACACAGUGGAGUGAAGAGCGUGGAGGUGUUAUGUAAAAUCGAACGAACGAAGACGAGUUCUCGGGACGAGUAGAGAAGCUGCACAAACCGCACACUCACCCACUUUCUUAUCAUCCUGCAUCGUGUCGGCAGAGCCUGGGCGUUAGGUGCGGAUGUUUGUGACGCGUGUUUUUCGCGCGCGUGUAAGACAAACCGGGCGCGAGUUGCUUCAUUUGGUCGCCUUUUGUUGCGCGAGCGGUUGAGCAGUUUUCGGGUGCACAAACAGCGUCGAACUCACCGGUGGCACCGAGCAGCCGAGGUCCCAAACAUGCUGACCGGUGCAAAGUAAGCGUUCAGCAAAGUGCGCGACGGCACUGUAAACAGCCGACGGCAGCAGUGGCUCAGCGUGUCCCCGACGAUGGUAUCGUUAGCGACAGUGCAGCACAGUUCGCUCGGAGCCCCACGGAUUGCCAUUAACAUCACCAGCCACCACCGGCUGACCGAUUGGAGCGAUAAGAACGCGAUCGAACCGAUCGAACCGAUCGAGUGCCAAGACUCGGCGCAGGCGAAUGUUCUGGUGAUAGUGGCGCAUCCCUGAGGAUUCACCGUGUUUAGGAACAGGUCUCUGUGUGUGUGUUUGUGAGUGUGUUUGUGUGUGAGGGCUGACUCCUAAAACUGACCAAGGUGAUAAGCUUGUUGGAGGAAGGGGUAGUAGGAGGAGGUGGCGCUGUAGUAAAGGGUUGGCGGCCACACGACAGCAGUCGCUGUCGUGAAGGUGAAACGGUGAAAAUAGCACCCUGAGUGAGUGAACCUUGUGUUGUGUUAUUAUUUAUUAUUCUGUGCCCUCCAGUCUGUGUGUGUGUGUGUGUGUGUGUGUGUGUGUGCUUCAAGACCAUUCCGGAAAGGUGUCUGGCGCUGGUUUUGCAUUCCCGUGGAAGUGCAACGUUGUCAGCGAUCCAAGUAGGCAAAAGGUGCUAAAAGUAACAUUUUGCAACAUUGUGUAUAUCUGUGUGUGUGCGCGGUUAGUUAGCAUCUUCCCCCAGCUCUGGGCCGCGCGGUUCGGCUCACUCGGUGAACAGACACCGUGGCGAACGGAUCCCAUCCUCCACCCGGCCAUCCACGUCGAAGCAUCAUGUACUGGAUCCGGUCGAAGAAGCUGCGCGAGCGGCUCGCGCUCGGGUUCGGCGCCCUGCUCGUCCUCUUCACCCUGCUGCUCGUCGUCGACCUGCAGAUGGAUCUGGGGGUUUCGCGCGGCGAGUUCAUACCCUCGCACGCCCGCAUCCGGUACGCGAACCAGCCAGACCGGGCCGGCAUCUACAACGAGUUCCACCGGAAGUAUCUCGCCAAAAGCAACGCGUCCGGCUCGAAGGAGUACCUGACGACGAACGCACAGCAGGCCCAGCAUCGCGGCCACACCGACACAUCCGGGCCGGGCUAUCCGGGCAAGGCGGCCGUCACCACCACCGUACCGCCGCCGCACGAUCGCUUCAAGGAUCUGACCGCGCUGGUCGUAGCGCCCCGCUCGAGCAAGCACCGGGCGCCGCAACCGUUCGAGCGUAUCAUCGUGCGCGAGGAGGCGUACACGGACGAGCCGCUCGACGAUGACGAGGCGAACCCGACGCUCGGCGAGCUGCUCGAUCUGCGGCCCGGCCCGAACGCCUCCAACCUGGAGCGCUUCCAGCUGCGCAUCUCCAAGCGGGAGCUGUACCGGCGGGACGACACGCUCGUGAACGCGGUCAUCGACGACAUGGUGCGGCUGCCGAUCCUGCACGUGGUGCAGAAGGAGGGCGGCACCCAGCUGAAGCUGAUCAUCGACUACCCGAACGAGGUGCACGCCCUGUUCAAGCCGAUGCGCUUCCCGCGCGAACAGCAAACCCUGCCGAACCACUUCUACUUUACCGACUACGAGCGGCACACGGCCGAGAUAGCGGCGUUCCAUCUCGACCGGCUGCUCGGCUUCCGGCGGGCGAUGCCCGUGACCGGCCGCAUCCUCAACAUCACCACCGAGAUCUACCAGGUGGGGGAUGAGGUGCUGCUCAAGACGUUCUUCGUCUCGCCGAGCAGCAAUCUGUGCUUUCACGGCAAGUGCUCGUACUACUGCGACACGUCGCACGCGAUCUGCGGCAAUCCGGACACGCUCGAGGGUUCGUUCGCCGCCUUCCUGCCCACGCAGGACGAUACGCAGCGCAAGGUGUGGCGGCAUCCGUGGCGCCGCUCGUACCACAAGCGCCGGAAGGCGCAGUGGGAAACCGACUCCGACUACUGCACGAUGGUGCGCGACAUACCGCCGUACGACGAGGGGCGCCGGCUGCUCGACCUGAUGGAUAUGGCCGUGUUUGACUUCCUCACCGGCAACAUGGACCGGCACCACUACGAAACGUUCAAAAUCUUCGGCAACGACACGUUCCCGAUCCAUCUGGAUCAUGGGCGCGGGUUCGGCAAACCGUUCCACGACGAGCUGUCCAUCCUGGCGCCGGUGCUGCAGUGCUGCCUGAUACGGGCGUCCACGCUCGAGACGCUGCUGCGCUUCCACAACGGCCCGCGGCCACUGUCCGAGGCGAUGCGCGAAUCGAUGGCGGUGGAUCCGAUCGCGCCCGUGCUGUGGGAACCGCACCUGACGGCGCUCGAUCGGCGCGUCGGCAUCGUGCUGCAGGCGGUGCGGGACUGCAUCCGCAAGUCGUCCGAGGAGGACGCGCACGGUGGCAUACCGGAGGUGCCGAAUGCGCUGGGACAGCGGGAUGCCAACGGGUUCUAUCGCUCCUAGCGACUGGCGGCCUACCGGCACGGGAUGGAGCUGCAGGAGCGGCACGGGCGGCUGCACGCCGUGAACCACCGGUACGCGCGGGCAGAACAGCCGGUCCAGUAUCAGCAGCAGCAGCAGCAGAAGCAGCACCAUUACUACGGUGCUCCCCGAGCCGGCUCCUCGACACGCUUCCUCGACCGAAGCCGCACACUGUACAUAGUUGAGUAGGUGGGACGAAUCCUAAGGGUCGUCGUGUGUAUCAGCACACCGUAAGACUAAUGGGACACAUUACUAAGGCAAUGUUAGGCUGUAAGGUAGGAGGGUAAUUCCUUUGCGCGAGUAUAUGUGAAUGACUUAUGUGUGUGUGGAUGCGAAUGAUUGCGAAUGGUUGCACGAGUGAUAUGAGAGUUUCUUGUAGGGCUAAGCAUAUAAUUCCACUCCCUCGACAUGAGCGGCCUAGAGGUUCCUAACCAGCAUGGGGGAGGGGGGGGGGGGGGCGAGAGUUGCUUGUGUGUGUGUCAAACGAAACCGAACCGAGGUCGGAAUCGGUGAAUGAAAAGCCAACAAAAAUCCGCGGGGAAAAAGAAGGGGAACUUUUGUUUUGUUUUUUAAGUUGUUUUAGUCACUGUAAGAAAACUGAAGCGACUCAGUUCGGUUUUUGGAGAGAUCGAGCGUAAGCGUAUGGAAAUAAAAAUGGCACCACCAUCCACACGGUGCAGAACAUUGA